CAUCACAGUUCACAGACGCACACGCUCUCUCAACUCCCAAGUCUCAGUUCUUCAAUACGGAGUAUAUCUUUUCAAAUCUAGACACAUUGGACGGCAAUGCAAUGCUUCGAAUUCCUGUUUGCUUGAUGAAUUUGUCUGUCGGUUGUUUGGUAGAUUUCAGGGGGAUUAAUCUCCAAGGUUUCCCCUGCCUGCACUGCAUCUCUGCUCUGCUCUGUUCCAGUAUACUCCUAUGCUUCGCCGAGAUUGUUUCGAUUGGGGGAUGCGAGGCGUUCGUUGUUCACUGGAAAAUCUAAUUAACACCCAUGUCUCGUUCUUGCUGAGUUUCAAACAUUGAGGCUGUUUGGACACCAGUUUCUUGCCAGAAGGAUAGGAUGCAGGAGAGUUGUGUAGGCUCGCACACAAUCCAGACACAUGGUGCUAGAUUGGCCAGAAAGCACACGCAUGACUGGGUUGUUCUUAUUCUCCUUGCUGCGGCUGUGCUUGCCUUGCAUUACGCCCCUUCGUUUGCCCGGUUCGUCGGAAAGGACAUGAUGACUGAUAUUAAGUACCCUGUGAAACAAAGUACUGUGCCAGCAUGGGCUGUUCCUAUAAUCUCUAUACUCUGCCCUGUGGUUAUGUUCAUAUCGUUGUAUGUUGCUAGACGAGAUGUCUACGAUCUUCAUCACGCGACAUUAGGUGUUCUGUUUGCUGUACUGUUAACUGGUGCUCUAACCGACGCGAUAAAGAAUGCAGUAGGGAGACCUCGACCAGACUUCUUUUGGCGGUGUUUUCCUGAUGGAAUGCAGCUAUAUGAUCAAGUGACAGGUGGUGUGAUUUGCCAUGGCGAGAAAAGUUUCUUAAAGGAUGGGCACAGGAGUUUUCCUAGUGGACACACGUCGUGGUCUUUUGCUGGACUUGGAUUUUUGUCGCUAUACUUAUCGGGAAAAAUUAAGGCGUUUGAUCGCAAAGGUCAUGUAGCAAAACUUUGCAUCGUGAUUCUUCCUCUGCUUCUUGCUUCGCUUGUCGGGAUUUCUAGAAUAGAUGACUAUCGACAUCACUGGGAAGAUGUGGUUGUCGGCGGCCUGAUAGGAUAUAUCAUGGCAAUGCUGUGCUAUUUGCAUUUCUUCCCUCCUCCACAUCACCAUCAAGGUUGGGGGCCGUAUGCAUACUUCGACAUGCUGGAGGAGCUUGAGGCAGGCAAUUCAAACAAUGCGCAGCACCAACAGUCUGCAGGUGGGCAUCACAUCGGAGUGACCGGGCAACACCAUAACGGGGCAUCAAGAAAUUUUUUGGAGUCUGGAAGCGCAUAACUCGUCCCUGCGUUGUAUAGCCUUCCUUGUACAGUAAGAACGACUAUGUUUUUAUGAAUGUUCUUAGCAAGUAUUAGAAGUUUAGAACUAGAUAUGUCAUGUUCUCCACCUUAUGUUUACGACCGUUCAUCUUGAGUUUGAAAUCACAAGUUCGGUAUAUUCUGGCCUAGUGGAACGGACCACCUGGUGUGGCUAAAAUUAUCUGUUUAUGUCUUAGUCUCUGUAAAUUGCUAGUGGAAGUACUGAUUAGGAACU